AGAUUUAGUGUGCCCCUCUGAGCCAGUAGGGGCAGUAAAGAGUCAAGAUGUCAUUUUGCCAUGUCACCUGGAGCCACCGAUGGAUGCCUCAGCAGAAACAGUAAAGUGGAAGCAAGGGAAAAAUGUUGUACACCUUUAUCGAGGAGGAAAAAAUCAUCCCACAGAGCAAUAUGAGAGGUAUAGAGGGCGAACAUCUCUUUUCACCGAAGGACUGACUGAAGGAAAUCUGUCUCUUACUCUGUCUUCAGUAAACUUGAAUGAUGAUGGAACAUACCAGUGCUCCCUCCAAACUGAAUCCCUGAAUAAAAUGUGUUACAUUAAUCUUAACGUUGAACCCUAUUUAGUCUGCCCAACCAACCACAUUGAUGUGACAGCAGGUGACAAUGUCGUUCUGCCAUGUUACCUCGAUCCACCUGUGGACGCUUCAACCAAAACCAUUCUGUGGAAAUUCAGAAACAAAAUUCUACUCCAUUAUAAAAGUGGAGAAUAUACGUUUGUAGAAGAUGAAGAACAGAUCUACCUUUUUAAUGAAGGACUGACAACAGGAAAUCUAUCCCUGAAACUCUUUUCGGUGGACCUCCAUGACAACGGAGAAUACAAGUGUUACUUUAUCACUAAACAUGUAAAAAGAAGUUGCUCAUUUAUCGUCACUGUUGGUGUUGCAGAUGAGACAGAAAUUAUAGGCUCAGAGGAACCAGUCUCAGCAGAGGUUGGCAAUCAUGUUAUCCUGCCAUGUCAUGUGGAGCCCCCCAUCAGCCUGACCGAUCAAACAGUGGAAUGGAGUUUCAACAACUCUAAUGUGCAUGUUUACAGAAGUAAAAAAGAUGAUCCAGGACCGCAAGAUGAGAGAUACAGAAACAGAACAUCUCUUUUCCAUGAGGAAUUAAUCCAUGGUAACAUGUCUCUCAAGCUGAUUAAUGUAACUAAAGAAGAUGCAGGAAAUUACACCUGUAUCAUUCCAAAGAUGGCUGGUAAAGGACACAUGGGGAUGGUUACCCUGAAAGUUGGUAAGCCUUGUUGAUUUUUUAACAUUUAUUUAAAUGUGAUAGAAAUACUCUGCAUUUAUUUCAUCUUGUCACAAUUAUUCCACAUUUCCAGUUUCAAAAGACAUGUGUUUUUGUCCAGUUCCACAUAACAAGGAUAAGGAUAAUGAAUUGUCCCAUUGCUGUUCACAUGAAGUGUGUAUUGCUUUGGGUGUCUUACUAUUGGUCUUACAACUUGUCUGCAUUGGCGUACCGGUAAUCAUUUUUUGUGUAGGAGCUAAAACGAAGUGU